AUGAAGCUGUCCAACCCCUCCGAGGUCCCAGUGUAUACCAUCUCGGGUUCAGACAGUGCUCGGCCUCUACCCGAAUGGCUUGCCAGGCGGCGAAAGCGCAGUUUGAAAAAUGAUCCUGAAUAUGCGAACCGUGUUGAAUUACUACAAGACUUCGAGUUCGAAGAAGCAAGUCACUGCAUUCGAGUCAGUGAGGAUGGAGAAUGGGUUAUGAGCACAGGCACUUACAAACCUCAAAUUCACACUCACUACCUUCCACAAUUGUCCCUCUCAUGGGCGCGACACACCAGUUCGCUCAACACCACGUUCAUCCUACUGUCUUCUGAUUACACCAAAUCGCUCCACCUCCAAUCUGAUCGGUCUCUCGAGUUCCACACUCCCUCAGGAUGCCACUACACCACCAGACUCCCCCGAUAUGGGCGUGAUCUUGUCUACGACCGCCAGUCGACUGAUGUGCUUAUCCCCGCAGUCGGUGUGAACCAAGAUGGCAUGGGAGAGGUAUACCGAUUAAACUUGGAAGUAGGCCGGUACAUGCGAAGUUACGAGGUAGAUGUCGGAGGUGACGAUUUCACAUCCACUGGCGGGGGUACUCUCCAAGGUGGAAUCAACACGGGCUCGGUCAACACAGGUGCUAUUGCGGAGGAAAGUCACAACUUGUUGGCUUUCGGAACUUCUUUGGGCACCGUUGAGCUUUGGGAUCCCAGAGCCAAGGGACGUGCAGGUGUGCUUCCUCCACCCGCACAAACCGGGUUCCACGAUGAGCGCACAGAGAUCACCGCUCUCGAAUUCAACCGGUCUGGCAUGAGUCUUGGAACCGGCUCGUCUAAUGGUCUCAUUCACCUCUACGACUUGCGUUCGCCUACCCCCUACCAAAUAAAGGAUCAGGGAUACGGAUUCCCUAUCCACACGCUCAAGUGGCUUGAACCGUCAACCGCGACACAGGCUGCGACAAUUGAACCUAAGUUGCUCUCUGCCGACAAGCGUAUCAUCAAGCUCUGGGAUAUCGAAGAUCAAAAGCCUUGGACUUCUGUUGAGCCGGCUGUGGAUAUCAAUUCUGUUGCCUGGUGCAAAGACAGUGGCAUGCUUCUCACAGCCAAUGAAGGCAGAGAGCAACACUCUUUCUUCAUCCCUCAGCUCGGACCCGCACCCAAAUGGUGCUCAUUCUUGGACAACCUGGUAGAAGAGAUGGCCGAGGAUCCUAAUGACCCCAACGCAUUCAAGUCUGCUCAGUCUAAUUCCGUUUGGCCCGGAUUCACGCUUGUGCCUAGCGAGGAGGUCGCGAAAUGGGACGAAAAGCUCAUCAAGGCAGGCGGAAACCCUAUUGAUAUGGCAGCCUACCUACAACAAGGAAAGAUGGUACCCUACUCUAAGGGCUAUCAGGUGGCAAAUUUCGUUUACAAUUCCAUAACCUCAUUGUUCCCCGACACGGAAAACCCAAGAGCGAAGAAGGUGGCCGAGAUUAUGAACAAGGAGCGGGAAAGCCGCAUUCGCGGCAAGAAGAAGGUCGCCGUCAAGGUGAACAGGAGGCUGGCCGAGAGGAUGCUGAAUGCAGAGGAGAAGAGGGAGCGCAAGCACGCCAAGCGCUUAUUGGAAGGCAAGGGCGACGAAGAAAUGGUCGAUGCAGAUGCCUCCGAAGGCAAGGACGUGAAUGCAUUGGGCGGUGGCCGAUUCGCCCAGCUAUUCGAGGACCCAGACUUCGCUGUCGACGAAACCUCACGCGAGUUCCAACUGCUCAAUCCCAGCACUGCACCCCAGGCUGCCACCUCAACAACAGCUUCUUCAAGGAAGGAGCGUGGCUUGACGGCAGUGGAACAGGAGGCCAUCGACGAUGUGCCCGGUUCAAGCUCCGAUUCCGACUCCGACAGCGAGGCGGAGAGACCCGCGAAGCCCGCGCCUUCCAAAAAGAUUUCUUCUGCAGACUACAAGCGGACGAAGCGGCCUCCGCCUCGUAUGCAAGUAUCUUCUUCGAAUCAAGCCCACUCCACUCGAGACCGUUCCUUUGGCUCUCGUGCCCAGAAUAUGAAGUCAAAACAGAAGCCUGCACGACGACUCGGUGUUGUUGGUGAGCAAGAGAUCAGCUUCAACCCGGCCGGGAAGCCGAAGCGUGCCGCCCCCGAAGUGCGCUACGAUAAGACCGACACAUCUUUCCGGGCAAAGGAGCGCCGCAGUGCUUCUAAUAACACUUUCCGCAAUAUGUAA